GUUACUAAAAGUUUCUAUCAGCAGAAGAGGGCACAGUGGUAGCUGGGAGAGAGGGUGGGGGUGGGGUGACAUGAUGAGCACAUCUAAUGUCUUGUAGCCGGACCUGUGUUACUGACCCCGGGCAGUGUUGUGUGUGGGCACACGCUGUCAGCGCCAGCACCUGGGGAGAGAGGCGAGAACCUGUGCUGUGCACACACACUUGUGUCGCUUCUGCCCAUCAUCGGGGCACGGCUCCCGGCACUGACGAUGAUCGAGGUGUACAUCCCUUCUGUGGGGCACCAGGUGGUACAGGCAGACAAGACCCACACGGUCUUCAGAGUGGAUGUCUUAUUCAGUGGCCGCAGACAUACUCUGGACCGACGAUAUAGUGAAUUUCAUGCACUCCAUAAGCUGCUGAAGAAAAUAUGCAAGGUCCCAGAUUUUCCAUCGAAACGAGUUCCAAACUGGAUGUCCAAGGUCCGGGAGCAACGGCGGCAAGGUCUGGAGGCAUACAUACAGGGGGUGUUGUGGUUCAACCAAGAAGUGCCCAAAGAGUUGUUAGAUUUUCUGAAACUGAAACAUUUCACACAAAGCAAAAAAAACUGCAGCUUGGAGUUCUUGACUGGUAUUGCUCUUGAAGAAAACAGUUCUCAAUUGGCACACAAAGCAGUGGUAGGAUUUUACAAGGACCUGUACAUUUUUCCUCCCGAUACAGAUAUACUUGAGGACAUAGUGUUACAAGGUGUUCUCCGAGGACUAUACCAGAAGAAUCACAAGGACACAUCCAGAGUCAGGCAAAUGCUCCCACCAAGCACGCAAGUACAGUGACGACAGUAGAGAGCUGCCAGAGGAAUGAGACCAUUUCUUCCAGUUGGUGGUGAACAUGUCAUUUCUGUUGGCACAUUGGACCUGUGUGAUGUGCUUUGUAUGGGAUAAACCUGCUUGGAUGAAAUGGUCAUCAAGUAUCUUAUUGCAACGUGAUAGGUUGGGGCAGGAAUAAAAACCAUGUGUGCGUGCCCCAGCACAAUACUACAGACACUGUGUAACAUUCUGCUGAUGCAGGAUAUCCUUCCUGGACACCGUGUACACUAGCUUAUGGACUGAUCUCUCCCCCCUUCUGAAUGGGUGCAUCUGCUGGAUCUGAUUUCCUCUGAAGUUCAAUGCAACUUUCAUGACUUGCAAACUGUGCACUGAACAUAGUGUGAAGGCUCUGUCACUAGUCCUAACAAAUGCUACAUGUAAUCAUCAAAUUAGGAUACUGUAUGUUCCUUUUUAGGAAUGGCUGACUACAGGCCUACAGAGAACUGGGUGUCAGCUAAACCAAAUCAGAUGACAGAGACCAAGGCCUUAUGCACCCCUUUUCCAGAUUGCCAUCUCCAGACUCAUAGCAUAUGACACACAAAGACUGGUUAUGAGAAUUAGAUCAUACAGGUCACAGGCACUUCUCCAGAGAUGGGAGGAGAGCAGCUUCACAUUACAGCUGUAGCCAAGCCUGAUCUGUGUGGCCAAGGGCAUAGCUGAAUGGUCUCCAACUGUCCAUCGCAGGCACCAUGUUUACUGUUACAUCUAGUUAUGGAAAUAGUAUUAGCAGAGCCAGGAUGUUUAUGGUACACCAUUAGACUAGGUCAGGCAUGGAAGACUACAUUUCACAGGCUGGAAAGUCAUUUGCUCCUUUCGGGUAUCAAUUACAAAAUAAUGUUACAUUACAAAUUAAUGAUAAGUGUACAACCAUUGGAGCUUCUCUGGGUAAAGCAGGAUGAAGUUUUCCUGAACGGAACACAUACUGCGUAGAGCUCUUGUAAGCGUGAGGCCGGGGUUACCAACACACUGCAUGCACCCCUGCUGUUGGUAAACAAAACAUAUAGUAUACAAUGACACAUAGCCAUGAAUCCUCAGACAUUUAUUUCUCUCGUUCAAUACAGGUUUGAGUAAAUUCAUACCUGAUUGUGGGGUUACUUGUACUAAAUCUUAGUGAAAGAUAAAGCUGAGAGAUAGAGAAAAAAAAACAAUCAUCUCCUGUCAUUUUCAAAUUCAGGGGUCUAUUUACUAAGCCUUGGAUGGAGAUAAUGUAACAGCCAAUCAGUGUCUAACUGCCAUGUCACAGGCUGGGUUUGAAAAAUGAGUUAGGAGCUGACUGGCUGGUACUUUACCUCCGUCCACGGCUUAGUUAAUAGACCCCUUCAGCCAUUAAUAUGGCAGUUAGCCGAUUGGUUGGGACGCUCUCUCUCCAAGGCUUAGUACAUCUGCACCAGUUUCUGUUAGGGGGUGGGCUUUUGUGCAUAUACAAAAGUACUGCAACAAUGUUUCACAAUGCUGCUAAGCCUAUUGCACUUGGCACUUCUUAUGCUGGGUACACACUAGAGCAGGCAUGUCAAACUAAAAAUACCAAAUGGACCGAAUAUUUAAAGUUUAAAGGGCCCCAUACACUACAGCAAUAUGUCGAAGGUGAUUUUCCUUGAACUCUGCCGGGAGCUUCCCGGGAGUGGUUCCAUACGAUUUGGUACAUUUUGCAUGCGAUAUAUCGUAUACGAUCCCAGCCAUGCCUGCGGAAACCGACAUAUCACAAGUGCAGCACUAGCGAUCUAGGGGAGCCGAUCCGACCCUCACGGGAAUCAGAUCAGAAACACAUCCAAAAUGCCCAAUUUCACCUGAUAUAUCGGACCGAAUGCCCGAAAUUGGAUGAAAUCGGACAUUAUCGUUCUAGUGUAUGGGGCCCUUUAGUCUUGUGAGGGCUGCAAGAAAAAGUCUUAUAUACAAUUUUGAAAACUUUAUUAGAAAAACCAACAAUAAAGUAUAGUCAAAGAGA